GGCCUCUCCUCUAUGGUCAGGGGCACGGGGCACCCCCCUCCACAGUCAGCCCUAGGUUGCUUCCGGAAGUAAAGCGGCCACCCCUUGCUCUGCUUCCGCGGGGGUCGGGCGAGGGCCGACGUCCGGAUGGGUCCUGGGAUCAACACGGUGGUUUAAUGAUGCUUUACAGCAGUAUUCUAAGUCCGAAAUUUUCUAUGCCCGUGGAUCCUAGAAUUUGCUAAGAGAUGGAGGAGUCUCAACAAAAUGAUCCAAACACAAUGACCCUUAAGAAAGAUGACCCUCUCAAGAGCAUCAGCCCUCAGAUUUCUGUUAGCGAAUUUUCUUGCCAUUGCUGUUACGACAUCCUGAUUAACCCCACCACCUUGAACUGUGGGCACAGCUUCUGCCGGCACUGCCUAGCUUUGUGGUGGGCUUCUUCAAAGAAAACAGAGUGUCCGGAAUGCAGAGAAAAAUGGGAAGGUUUCCCCAAAGUUAAUAUUCUCCUCAGGGAUGCCAUUGAAAAAUUAUUUCCUGAUGCCAUUAGAAUGCGAUUUGAAGACAUUCAACAGAAUAAUGACAUAGUCCAGAGUCUUGCAGCCUUUCAGAAAUAUGGAAAUGAUCAGAUUCCUGUAGCUCCCAACACAGGCCGAGUGAAUCAGCAGAGAGGAGGGGGAUUCUUUUCUGGAGUACUCACAGCUUUAACUGGUGUGGCAGUGGUCCUGCUCGUGUAUCACUGGAGCAGCAGAGAAUCUGAACAUGACCUCCUGGUCCACAAAGCUGUGGCCAAAUGGACAGCGGAAGAAGUUGUCCUCUGGCUGGAGCAGCUGGGCCCUUGGGCCUCUCUCUACAGAGACAGGUUUUUAUCUGAAAGAGUAAAUGGAAGAUUGCUUUUAACUUUAACAGAGGAAGAAUUUGCAAGGGCGCCAUACACCAUAGAAAAUGGCAGCCACAGAAGAGCCAUCCUCAUGGAACUGGAGCGUGUCAAAGCACUAGGCGUGAAGCCCCCCCAAAAUCUCUGGGAAUAUAAGGCUGUGAACCCGGGUAGGUCCCUGUUCCUGCUGUAUGCUCUCAAGAGUUCCCCCAGACUCGGCCUGCUGUACCUCUACCUGUUUGACUACACGGACACCUUCCUACCUUUCAUCCAUACCAUCUGCCCUCUGCAAGAAGACAGCUCUGAGGAAGACAUCAUCGCCAAGCUUCUGGAUCUUAGAGAGCCCACAUGGAAGCAGUGGAGAGAAUUCCUUGUCAAAUACUCCUUCCUUCCGUACCAGCUGAUUGCUGAAUUUGCUUGGGACUGGCUGGAGGUCCAUUAUUGGACGUCACGGUUUCUCAUCGUCAAUGCCAUGUUACUCUCAGUUCUGGAAUUAUUCUCCUUUUGGAGGAUCUGGUCAAGAAGUGAACUAAAGACUGUGCCUCAGAGGAUGUGGAGCCAUUUUUGGAAAGUAUCAACACAGGGGCUUUUUGUGGCCAUGUUUUGGCCCCUCAUUCCUCAGUUUGUUUGCAACUGUUUGUUUUACUGGGCCCUGUACUUUAACCCAAUUAUUAACAUCGAUCUCGUGGUCAAGGAAGUCCGACGGCUGGAAACCCAAGUGUUGUGACUGGCACUGCCCAGGCUCUGAAGGACUCUUCCAGCCUCCCUGAUGGCUGAGCUUUGAUGCUUAAAUGAAGCGGGGGAGGGAGUGGACUUCCUAUUUUCUUCCCCUAGUAAACAAGGUGCUGCUUUGUCUGUCAAAGGCUACAACCAGGUCCUCUCUCCUUCUGCCUGUGGCAUUGUGGCAGCAGGGACUGACAUCCCAGAGCAGGGCAGACAUAGAAGCAGCACCUCCCACCUGGCCACCUUGCUCACAGGAACUUGGGAGGCCUAGUCCAUGACAGCUUGGAAGGACCCAGGGUCUUCAGAGGACAUGGUAUGGGCGACAUCAGAAGGCUGCCACAUCAGCAGUCCCUCUUGCCCUAACCUCUGACUGACAUAGGCUCCCAGGGCAAGUGAGAGUCCUGAGACAGCCCAAAACCAGGCUUGUUGGGGCCUGCCCUAUCCUCUAAGUCAAGUUUAGGAAAAUGGGAGAAGGUUUUUGUCAUAGGUAUAGACAGUUACACACAAAAAAUACAGAGGUAAACACAGAAUCCAAUUGACAAUUCUAUCUUUUGAAGAGUUGCUAGGUUUUAGAAUUAAACAUUAAAGGAUUCAGUUUGAGAAUAGAAUGAUGGGUAGACUCGACACUGUUUCUGACUUGUAAUCACUGAAAGUUUGGAUCUCUCUCUGAGCGGGGGAUUGAGUGGGAUGUCAGGCAAUAAAUGGAAAGUAAUUCACACCAGGCUGAGCUGCCUCAGUGCUACUUAAAAUUGUUUUAUUUGGGGGUUUGCUUUGUUUUGUUUUGAAGAAUUUGAUCUAUAAAAUACAGGAUAGUCUUUUUGUUCAACGAAACAUUUUAUACAUUGACUUCACUGUAUAAUCUUUAUUAUCUUGUUCUGAUGUAUAAAACAGCAAGUAUAGGGAGGUUUUGAGAUCUUACCCCCAGCAUAUGUCGUUAGUUUGGCUCAAAUAAACUCUUACCAAAAAAACAAAAACAAAAACAAAACCCAGCAAGUAUAAUUACAUCAAAUGCUGUAAUUUUAAAUAUAAAUGUGACGAAC